AUGAAUUUCAGAAGGUUGCGCCUUUGCUUUCAACGGAACCGAUCUGCUCUUUCUCCUACAACUAAAAAACAAGCUCAAUGUUUUAUGAACGUAGAUCUCUGACAAUUAUUCUUGAGAUAAUUAUAUUAAAAUCAGGGUCUAAUCAUUCAAAUCGCAUUGCCAGUCGUUUUUUUCGUUCCAGCCAUGUCCUAUAGCAUCUACAGUGUGCAUGCAGGUCAGUUUUUUUCAGUUUUUUGAUGAAAAUGAACUUUUUAGAAUCCUAUCUUUUAAUUACCGAGUUCCUGUUCACUGUUAUCAACUCCAUUCCUACCUUUUUCGAUCCAAUAAUUACAUUAUUUUCUGUCGCGCCGUAUAGAAGGUCUUUCCUGUCACUUUUUCGACGGAAUAAUCGUGUGGCUGUUGUUCCGGCAUCUUUUUCGACACCCUCUUCACUUAUGGCUUGAUUAUGAAAAUUAUAGAAAAUAUAAUUUGAAAAAUAAAUUGUUUCCUUUCAAGUUGAAUGAAGCAAAAAGUAGUUAGAAAAAUCAGAACAUUCACUUUCUUUAGAAAAUUUCCUACGAGUUUAAGUUCCCAAUCGGGUCCUUGGUGUGAUGGUUGAAUGUUCCCAACGUUGUUUUUGAUACCGAGGUUCAAUGCCUAUCGGCGUUUUUGGCAUUAUCAAUGUAUUUUUCAACCGAACCUCAUUUUGUUUCACUUUCAUUGAUGUUGAACAAAAGUACCAGUUUUUCCUCAAAUCCAUUUUUUAAGGCUAGACAAGGAAGUGAUAUUCGAUAAUUUAAACAAAUAAACGGAUUAUCAAUAAAUUCAUUGUUCCUGUAUCAAUAUCAAUCACUUGGAAUCUUAAAAAAUUCAAUUACUGCAAGAUAAGUUGAAAACAAAGCCAAAGUUGGGUAAGGCGACUGCCUUUCUUAAUCCUUUUUCCUUUUGCUGAGCUUUUUGAGAUAAAUUUGCAAGUUUUCAAGAAAUUUACUGUUUAUUCAGGUUAUUAAGAUUUCAAGCCCAUCAAAAUGAAUUCAAAAAGGAAAUAAAUUCCAAUUUAGAGAACAUAUUCCUUUUUAGUUUCAAAUUUUUGUGGGCUACAAAAAAAGAGUAACUGGAUUAUGAUCUGAAUGAUUUCCAUGAAAAUCAAUAAGUAAAAUUAGCUUGUUCGCAUACUUUUCGGAAGUUUACAACCUAUCUUUCUCAAUCAAUUUUUGCUUUUCUCAAAAUCAAUCACCUGAAAAUUGAAUUAUAGCCAUGUGAAAUGGAAAACAACGGCAAAAAUGCGUCUGGCAAUUUUUUUUCUAAUCAUUUUCCCUGGACCUUUUUUUCCAUUUCGAGUUCAUUUUUUGAUUUUGCAGAUUGUUGAAAAAGAAUGGGAAACAUCUAUGAACAAGUUUUGUCAAUUUAUUUUCCAAUCUUCUUCGUUUUGUCUAUGACAAUCAACUUUUAUCUACUAUAUAUUAUGAUAAGAUAUACCCCAUCUAAUUUGAAAAUAAUGCGACUAAUUAUGAUGAAAACUUCGAUUUUCUUGAUUCUCAUCGCAAUAUUGACAUUUUUCACGCAAAACAGGUGAUUCUUUUUUUUUGCUGACAAUAAAAAAUGAUCUUGAGAAACAUAACAACUCAAAAGGCUGUGGGGCUCGUUUGUCAUGGGAUUGCAAGGAUGCUCGAUCCGAGGACUUGCUUCCACUCUAAUGGAAUCAUUUUGGUUAACUUUUUUCUUCACUUCAUCAGGGUUAUUUUUAAAUCUGGUCCAAUUCAGAGCCUACACACUGCCAUCACUCUUUCCAUAGGUCACACGGUCUAUUUUAAAUCGAGAACUCUUUCAAAUUCUUCAAACGAAUUUUCGGUUCGAAAGAUCGCUGUUCAAACGGUCAUCAGUAUGCUUCCAGUUCUUGUUUUAAAAGUUAGUUUGGAUUAUUCAUUAAAAAAAAUGAGACUAUAGCCUGUCUGCCACGACUUGGAAUUUCACCAAACGACAUUCCGCUGUGCCGCUGCGCGCCUUUGGGAACCUUGGUCGCGCUUUAAAUUUUUUUUUUCUUCUGUCAAGGUACUAUACUUUAUGCGCUCCCACAGCGCUCCCAUAACAAUCAAUUGAAAGCCUGACCUAGAUUCGAAAGACGCUUCGCGAACGCACGCAGCGGAACAGCGGAAUGUCGUUCCGUGAAAUUUCAAGUCGUGGCACACAGACUAUACAAUGAAUAAAUUGCAAAAAAGUAAGAAAUUUUGAGGGAAUUUGAAUUGUUUACACAAAAAAGAUUUGGAAAAGAAAUUUAAAUUUAAAUCAAAAGACAAAUUAAAAUAGCACUGAGAAAGUUGGGAGGGCUUCGUUGUUUUAGGGACCACUAUAAGGGGCUAUUUCACGAACCCUUUAGGGUCAAGUUUUGCGUUCAUAGAUAAACUUUGCGGAAAAACGCACUUUUCAGGAGAGUCCAAGUUUUUUUUUCCCGAGCAAUUUUCAGAUCAUUUCAUUUAUAACGCCAGUCAACUUUGCAAAAGUCUACGCUCAGCUUAAAGCUGAUAAUCUGACGUAUGAUAUUGCGCCAGACCUUAUGACGGGUUACGCCGAUAUCGAUCAAUUGCCUCCCACUCUCUAUGGAUCCAUCACCAAUGUUAUAGCUAUCGGCACACCAAUUUACUGUUUAUAUGAGAGGAGGUUUCCGGUUUUCUUUCCUAAGAGAAAAAAUUCGCUUUUUUUCGUUGAAAUUUUUGAUUCAUGACAGAUACUCGGCAGGAAUUAUGCUCCGGGCAGACCCUAUCUAG